AUGGAAGGAGAGAGUUGGAAUAGCCUGCGUACUAUAAUUGGGACAGUAAUGGGCGAUAUCAUCAUUUCUUAUCCAUCGAAAUCCUCUUCUCCGGCACAUAUCCUCAGUUAUCACACGGGUAUGAUUUUUGGUCUACUGAGAAAAGAUAAUCGCCUGUUCUCAAUUUCGGAUGACCGAAGCUUACGGAUGUGGUCAUUGGACAGUUGGCAACAAUUGGAUGAAUGUUAUGGUCAUGCAACAAGACCAUUUGCCAUCUGUGAUGGUCCAGGCGAUAUCAUAUUCACUGGUGGCCAACUGUUUGGAACAGACUGUGGAUUUUUCGGCUCUUUUCGGUUUCCAUUAGACGUUGCCAGAAUGCAAAAAUUGGAAGUCGUCAGGCCCGAGUUUUCUGUGCUCUCAUUUAUUGCACUUUCACCGGACCAUUAUUUCAUACUGGACUCGAACAGAUUGUAUUCGAUAAUGGAGGGAGAGUGUUGGAAUAGCCUGCGUACUAUAAUUGGGACAGUAAUGGGCGAUAUCAUCAUUUCAUAUCCAUCGAAAUCCCCUUCUCCGGCACAUAUCCUCAGUUAUCACACGGGUAUGAUUUUUGGUCUACUGAGAAAAGAUAAUCGACUGUUCUCGAUUUCGGAUGACCGGAGCUUACGAAUGUGGUCCUUGGACAAAAUCCACCUCCUCAAACUGACACAAACUGGACGAGGUGUUAUACGUUCACUUCUAUGUCUACCACAACAAUUGCUAUUUGGAACAGAUUGUGGAUUUUUCGGCUCUUUUCGGUUUCCGUUAGACGUUGCCAAAAUGCAAAAAUUGGAAGUCGUCAGGCCCGAGUUUUCUGUGCUCUCAUUUAUUGCACUUUCACCGGACCAUUAUUUCAUACUGGAUUCGAAUAGGUUAAUUCUUUUAUACUUUGUUAACCAAAAGCGAGCCUGUUUUAACGCUGUAGGACAGAUAUUGGAUUUGUUCUGGGUUGGAAACUGUGUCCUUCUCACUCUUAUCAAUUAUGAUAAUAUCGGUACGAUACAAUCGGGCCUGAAAGAAAUACUUUCUUGUGCUACGGACCAUCAAGAUCAACUAUUCCUUGGGACCAGAAAAGGCUCGAUUAUCGUUGCUCAUGAUUUCAAGAUUGAACAGAUUAUAAGAUGGGCUCACGGGAAGAAAAGCAUUGCUGAUAUCAGAGCGUACGAGUCAAAAUUAUUGUCUAUUGGACGUGACGGAAAAUUACGAAUUUGGCUUAUAGAAGAUCACAUUCAACUGCUGUUCUGGCGUCGACCAUCAGCUGCCAUAGAAAUGGAAUGGCCUUGCAAAUUUGUCGGUUUGUACAACGAGCUUUUUAUUGCUGGAUUUCAUGGGCCACAUUUGCAUUUAUCCAGCAUCACAUCUGUAGCGACUUUUAAGUGUGGCAUGGAGGAAUUUUAUGUGACUGGUGGUAUUGAUGCGAUGCUCAUUGUCUCACAGAUCCGUAGAAGUGAUGCAGCGUAUACCAGAAACUUGCGGCAGGUAUUCAAUAUGCGCUUGAAAGGUGACUGCCGAUUGUUGAGUAUUCAAUUGUUAGCUGUCACCCCAUGCAUUCAGUUUAUCACUACAAAACAUUGUGUGCCUCUCCUUGAUCCUUUAACUAACCCUGGUAUAAUCACAAAGAUUGCUAUUGGCUCAGUGAACACUCCUGUACGAACAACUUCGUUUGCUGCUGUUUCAACAGCAGGUCUGUUAUAUUUGUGGGAAAAUGUUAACGAUUUUGACAGAAGUCCGGAUAUUAUUGAGGUGGAGAAAUGUGGAUUGAGCGCAUUGGAUAUAUACACCAAAGAUGGAAUCCUCUAUGUUGGUAUAGGCUCAGAAUCGGGUUCUGUUACCGUAUUCCAAACGGAAAAAAAACAAAAAUUUACAAAAUGCACGAAUCGUUGGCACAGCGCAACAUGCACAGGUGUUUCGGUUGGUGUUGUACUGGUUUUUGGCGUUCCUGUUGUGCUGCUGCUGCAUGACGCGCCGGGAUUAUCGGCUGCAAAUAUGAUAUCAUCCUGA